GUGAGUCAGUGAACGAGUCAUGAGGACCCUGUCGAGUCCGAGUUCGAGGGUGGCGGUAGAAAAGAAGUGGGUGGGCAGAGAAAAUGUCUUUCCCCGCGAGCUGGAACCUUGUUUCCUCAGGCCAAAGAGAAGUGGGAAUCUUCGGUUCUUGAAUUUGGUGUGUUUUCUGAAACAGAGCAAGCCCGUGAUCAGACCGAUCAUUUGCCUCUCGUCAAAAACCCAGACAGAAUUGGAGAUUGCAGAUUCUCAAAUUCAGGAAACACAUCAUACAAAAACUAUUCAUGUGAAAUUCCAGUUGCAGAAGGAGUGCUCGUUCGGGCAGGAGUUCCUCAUUGUAGGGGAUGAUCCUAUGUUCGGUUUGUGGGAUCCUGCAAGCGCAAUACCGAUGAACUGGUCAGAUGGGAAUUUGUGGACUGUUGAGCUGGAUAUACCGGUUGGGAAAUCGAUUCAGUUCAAGUUCAUACUAAAAGAACGCACAGGGAAUAUCUCGUGGCAGCCUGGCCCUGAUCGGAUUUUCCAAACCUGGGAAACUAAGAACAGGAUCACUGUUUCCGAAGAUUGGGCAGAUGCUGAGCUUCAGAAAAUAAUAGAGGAAGAUCGGGUUUCAAAUCAAAGCGAUGGUUCAAAUGUUAACACAGUUAUGUUGAUUAUGGAUGAGAACCUGACACAGCUGAAUGGUGAACUGGCCUUCAAUAGAACCAAUGAACCUAAAAUCACCAAUAGUAACACUGAUUCGGCAGAGAAACCAUCAGUAGAACCAAGGAAGGAACGAAUUGGUGCUGAUAAUGGUUCUCCUUCACAAGAGAAUAUGACCCCUAAAUGGCCAAAGGCAUACGUGGAACCAUACGAGGAACGAGUUGCUGCAAGAACUGCGGUGCUUAAUGAAGAGAGAGUUAUUUUUCCGAGCGAGGAUUCUGCAGCCAUCUCAAGUAAGGAGUUGUUGGUGGCAGACAACAUUUUGGGAAAUAAUGGUAGAGCUGCAACAGUAAUGAACCUUUCGAGCACUCACAUCAAGGGAAGCCUAGUUAACCAUGAAGAAGAUCCUGUUCUGAUACCUGAGCUGUCUCCUUCACCAACUGUUCCAAAUGAAGAAGCGAACAAAGAGGGAAUCGAGAAACAGAUGUCCUUUGAUGGCUCGGUUGGAGCCUUUGAAGCUAAGGAUCGUAAUAUGCCAGAGAGAAGUGGGAACCUUUGGUUCUUGAAUUUGGUGUGUUUUCUGAAACAGAGCAAGCCCGUGAUCAGACCGAUCAUUUGCCUCUCAUCAAAAACGCAGACAGAAUUGGAGAUUGCAGAUUCUCAAAUUCAGGAAACACAUCAUACAAAAACUAUUCGUGUGAAACUCCAGUUGCAGAAGGAGUGCUCGUUCGGGCAGGAGUUCCUCAUUGUAGGGGAUGAUCCUAUGUUCGGUUUGUGGGAUCCUGCAAGCGCAAUACCUAUGAACUGGUCAGAUGGGAAUGUGUGGACUGUUGAGCUGGAUAUACCGGUUGGGAAAUCAAUUCAGUUCAAGUUCAUACUAAAAGAACACACAGGGAAUAUCUCAUGGCAGCCUGGCCCUGAUCGGAUUUUCCAGACCUGGGAAACUAAGAACAGGAUCACUGUUUCCGAAGAUUGGGCAGAUGCUGAGCUUCAGAAAAUAAUAGAGGAAGAUCGGGUUUCAAAUCAGAGCGAUGGUUCAAAUGUUAACGCAGAUAUGUUGAUUAUGGAUGAGAACCUGACACAGCCGAAUGGUGAACUGGCCUUCAAUACAACCAAUAAACCUAAAAUCACCAAUAGUAACACUGAUUUGGCAGAGAAACCAUCAGUAGAACCAAGGAAGGAACAAAUUGGUGCUGAUAAUGGUUCUCCUUCUCAAGAGAAUGUGAACCCUAAAUGGCCAAAGGCAUAUGUGGAAUCAUACAAGGAACGAGUUGCCGCAAGAACUGCAGUGCUUAAUGAAGAGAGAGUUAUUUUUCCAAGCGAGGAUUCUGCAGCCAUCUCAAGUAAGUUGUUGGUGGCAGACAACAUCUUCGGAAAUAAUGGUAGAGCUGCAACAGUAAUGAACCUUUCGAGCACUCAUGUCGAGGGAAGCCUAGUUAACCACAAAGAAGGUCCUGUUCUGGUACCUGGGCUGACUCUUUCACCAGCUGUUCCAAAUGAAGAAGCGAACAAAGAGGGGAUCGAGAAACAGAUGUCUUUUGAUGGCUCCGUUGGAGCAUUUGAAGCUAAGGAUCGUAAUAUGCCAGAGUUAGACGAGAAGCAAGAACCAUACAGUGACCUACCUGAAGCAGAAACAAGUGUAAUGACCAAUGGUGAUGAGGAGAAUUUUGACGAUGAACAAUUCCACUCGGAGCCAGUCAAUGAUAGUGUCUUGUGCAACGGCCAACCUCAAGUGGAAACAGUUUCCGCGAUCAGUGACAGAGAGAAUUCUGCUAAGUGGCGAGGACAGUCCGACUCAGAGCCAAUCAACGAGGUCUUGCACAAUGAUAUGCAAUGGGGUCGUAGAAUGCUGCAAAGCCUUCUGUCUGACUUCAGAUUGCUUUGGUAUCGACUUUUCCGGAAACCUGGGUAGAGAAUUUCCGGCAUUCACGUCAGCCUGCUGUUACUCUCCGGCUUUGUUGCUGAAGUUUUGUGGUAGCCUGCAAAGAGGAGAGAGAGGCAAUCUUGUAAACAACGGUUAUAUGUAGAUAUGAUGUAUGAGUGCUCAGGCUUUUGUAUUCUUUUAGUUUGUCAUAUAACUGUGGCAUGAUAUGUGCGAGAGGAAAAUUUGUACCAAAUACGAAGUUUUGUGAGGAUUUGGUUGCUUUUUUCUUGUACUGUCAUAAAAUGUAGUUUUGGUCGAAGUCGAAAAUACUUGACUCCGUCUUUUGGAUGUAAAAUAAACGCCUUCUUUUUGUGUU